ACGAGCACAGGAGGCCGUUUCGUGUCUUGCAGGAGGUGGGAGGGCCCUGCGCGCUGAUAAACAGACUGGCCCGGCUCCUGCAGCCACAGUGCCCGGACGGCUGAUCACCGAGCAGGAGACAGAGCUGUGCCCAGUGUGAGAGCCGGGAGCGGAGUCAGUGAUCACAUCGGGCGCACGGAGGAAGGUCAACUAAAAGGAGAGCUUGGACGGCAUGCAAAGUUGUGAAAUAUCUUCAGAAAACUCCGAUGAUCCUCUUAGUAGUGGCCCACAUCGAAACGGACAACCGCGUAUAGUGAUCAUUGGGGCGGGUCUUGCAGGCCUCUCUGCUGCAAAAUUUCUCCUUGAGAAAGGAUUCACGGAUGUUACGAUCCUUGAGGCUUCUGAUCGAAUUGGAGGUAGAGUGCAAAGUAUAAAACUUGAACACGCUACAUUUGAACUGGGAGCUACUUGGAUCCAUGGGUCGAAUGGCAAUCCCAUCUAUCAUCUAGCAGAAGACAAUGGCUUACUGGAGGAAACUACGGAUGGCGAGAGAAGUGUUGGGCGCAUCAGUCUAUACUCCAAGAAUGGAGUGGCUCACUACCUCACCAGCAGCGGACAGAGGAUCCCAAAGGAUCUGGUUGAAGAAUUCAGUGAUGUUUAUAACGAGGUCUAUAACUUGACUCAGGAGUUCUUUCAGAAUGGAAAACCAGUCAACGCAGAAAGUCAAAACAGCGUGGGCGUCUUUACCCGAGACGUGGUACGGAAACGCAUCAAGGCUGAUCCUUACGAUUCAGAGACAACAAAGCGGCUGAAGCUGGCUAUGAUUCAGCAGUACUUAAAGGUGGAAAGCUGUGAGAGCAGUUCCCAUAGCAUGGAUGAAGUUUCACUCAGUGAGUUUGGCGAAUGGACCGAAAUUCCCGGCGCCCAUCACGUAAUUCCUUGUGGCUUCAUGAAGAUUGUGGAACUGCUGUCCUCCUCUGUCCCGCAGUCCGUCAUCCAGCUGCGCAAGCCGGUCAAGUGCAUCCACUGGAACAGGUCCGUACGUAAGCAGAUUGAGCGGGUGGCUGACCACAAUGAUGACCAACAGGCGGACAAGGGCUAUCCCGUCUUUCUGGAGUGCGAAGACUUCGAGUUCAUCCCAGCCGAUCACGUGAUCGUAACCGUUUCGCUGGGUGUACUGAAGAAGUGCCACGAGAGCUUAUUUCACCCGCGCCUCCCAGAAGACAAGGCCACGGCCAUAGAGAAACUCGGGAUUAGUACCACUGACAAAAUCUUUCUGGAGUUUGAGGAACCUUUCUGGAGUCCAGAGUGUAACAGCAUCCAGUUCGUUUGGGAAGACGACGCGGAGAGCGAGAGCUUGACCUAUCCAGAGGAGAUGUGGUACAAGAAGAUCUGUAGUUUCGACGUGCUCUACCCUCCGGAGAGGUACGGCUAUGUACUCAGCGGCUGGAUCUGUGGCGAUGAAGCGCUGAUCAUGGAGAAGUGCGACAAUGAGACCGUUGCCGAAACCUGCACAGAGCUUUUGCGGAAAUUUACAGGGAAUCCGAACAUUCCAAAACCUCGGCGUAUCCUGAGGUCCUUCUGGGGCAGCAACCCGCACUUCCUUGGAUCCUAUUCCUACACUCAAGUAGGCUCCAGUGGAGAAGAUGUAGAGAAGCUGGUGAAGCCACUGCCUUAUACGGAGAGCUCAAAAACUGCUCCCAUGCAGGUGAUGUUUUCUGGUGAGGCCACGCACAGAAAGUAUUACUCCACGACCCACGGUGCUUUGCUGUCCGGCCAGAGGGAGGCGGCUCACCUAGCCGAUAUGUACCAAGAUCUCUUACAAUGCAAAAACUAAAAGCUGCCAUGCUGUAAGAACCACUAACUUGUGACACCCCAUCCAGUGUGUGUGCUCUUUCCUCCAUCCAUUUUUUCUUUUUUUCUUUUCCUUUUUUUUUUUCUUCUUUUAAAUGUUGAAGUAGAAGAAUUUUUAACUUUUUUUUUUUUUAAAUCCUAAUUUGCUUUAAAACAAAAGAAGUCUGUAGCAAUUUCAUGUACUGUACUAACAGGGAAGGGUGCUCUUCUGUCCUAAUAAUGUUCUGUGUCAUUUUAAAUUUUGCACACUUGGUGCCUUUUUUUUUUUUUUUCUAAACAUUAUUAUUAUUUUUUUUCCCUGUAUUGUAAGUGCCUUCUAUAAUAAAUAAUACAAAAUGAUUCAAUAAAAGAAUAUCAGGUCAGAA